UCCCCCUCUCCCCCCUAUGUGGCUGCUGUCGGUGUGCUUAGAUAUACAGUGUCUCGCACCCUGGGAGUUUAAAUUGAACUCCCGGUCUUGCCAUGUCAAUCCAGAAAGGAAAGAGACCCGUUCUCCUCUCCUUACCACAGGAAACAAUAAAUCCGGAUCCUCUCUCCAACACCUCUGGGAUUGUAAACGCCACAAGGCAGGGACUGCAAAACCUAGUCCAGUGGGACAAUGAGUCUGAUGGGGGCUUCUAGGCCUUCCCGCAGCCUGAGUGUUCGGCUCCAUUUCGCCAUGGGACUGAUCUAGCCCUAGCUGCAGUAUUCGGGGCGGGGGUCGCUUUACUCCAAAGAAGAAACUGCUUCUCUUUCUUCCCUCUCCCCCCCCCCAUUAUUGGGGGGCCAUUCAGAUCUUCCCAGAAAAAAUGGGAUGGAUCAAGGUACCAAAUUCCCAGGGGAUUCUGCUUGUCUCUCGCCUUGUGGGUUCUUGCUGGUGGUGCCGUCACAGGGAUGUCGUCCCUCUGAACCAGCCUCCCCCCGCCCCUUCCCACUCCCGUCUGGAAUAUGGUGAUACUGAAUGGAAACUGGAAAGGCCUUAUUCCUGUUAGAGCCCGAACUCCAGCGGGCCCCUGGGAGCUGUCUGUUAGUCCCUGCAGUGGAGGUGAUGUAUGGGUGGGGGACAAAUCACUCCCUUUGCGUGAUUGUGAAGUGGGAGGACCCCCCCCCACACACACCCUUGCCCUUCUCCAGAUGUGGGGAAUCUCCUUUGCUCUCUCUGGGUAGGUUUACGCUGGAAGGAUUUUUACCUCCAUUUACUUAGUCGCCAGUUAACAUUCGCCCCUUUGUAAAGGCUGGAUGCUCCCCAAGCACUUGGUCCCAGCGACAGCAAUGUGUGUGACUCAGCCGAGCGACAAGGAUAAAGGUUUGUGUUGGGGGCUGAUGGGCCACGCCCAGCCUCCGAGCUGCUGCAGUAUCCCCAGGUAGUGCCAGGCUGCUAAGCUGACUGCAGGGUAGAGGGGAGGAUUUGGGCUCUAAAACCAGCUCCCGUCUCUUGUUCUGGCUAGUGGUGAGCGAACCAGCUCCCUGGAGCUCUGCUGGCGGGUACUGUUAGGGAGUCGCUCCCGGAGCCAGACACAGGCUUCCUGCUUUCCAGUCCACUUCCACCUCCCCUCUCUCCCCACUCCGGACAGGAUCAAAGGAAAGCCAGCUAGUCUCUGGGGUCUGAAGAUGAACUCUUCCUUUGCUAACCAAUGUCUGUCUCUGCUUGGGGAAAUGGGCCUUAUCCCGCCCUCCCUCAUGCUGCAGGCUUGAUUGGCGUGUGUAAAAUACUCCGGAAUCCUUGCAGCUCUGCCCUGCUAAGACAAGCCAGGCUGCUUGCCGCUGAGCCUCCGGGUGGCUAGGAUGUGGAGGGAGGGUUUGCCGCCCGAACUGGUUCCUUCACCCUUGCUCCUGCGGGCUGCUUAGCCAAGAAGGGAGAGAAGGCUGCCGAACAAGCUCUUGCAUCUCGUCCUGUGCAGAGCACUGCUCGACUUGGACGAGAGCCAGGGACAGAAGGAGAAACUAAGAAUGGAGAUGGUGCCCUGUCCCUUCAUCUUGUACAGGCAGGAUGGGUAGGGCAGGAUCCAGGUCCCAAGGAGUUUCAGGGGCUCUCGGACGCUGAGCUGCCUCUGCUGGGAAACGGUCUCCCAGCUGCAUGUGCUGUUUUGUGAUGGUAGCAUCUAGAGCAGGGCCCCGUUGUGCUCUACAAAAGGAGGUGAUGGUCCCAGAGAGCUGACAACUUAAAUCAUUUAAACGUGUUCUGUGGGAGCAGAUGGGUUCUCGGUUCCUUGCUGUGCCCCAUCCCUCACCCCGUUCCAGCCCCUGCAUCAUUUCACCUCCUCCAAAUAGACAAACCAUUGACCUGACAUCCCCUCGGCUUGUUCGCCCAGCAGCCCCACCCUGCUCCAGGCAGGGGAUUUGGUCUCUGAGAUCAAAGCCUUUCUCCGCAAACCUCCAUCAGCUCUUUAUCUCUUGGCUCUCUUCUCUCUCCCCGUCUUGAAUGUUCUGUACUUUGUGGUGUUUUAAAUAGCCCCUUUGCGGAGAGGACCAUGGGGGCUGAGAUCAGGAGUACAGCACACAGUUUAGAGCAAGCCAAGGGAAAGAUUUAAGACCAAGCUAAGGGGUUUAGGUGCCCAGAUCCCUUUGAAAUUCAGUGACAGGUGCCUAAUUGCACAUCGAGUCGUGAGCCAGCCAGGAAGGGGAAUCUGCCUGGGAGGUUGGAUCCUCAGCCACAGUACAAUAUUAGGGCAACAUGGGACCGGCAUCCUCCCACAGGGCUCGUGAGAUGUGGCAUUCAGCAGUCUCUGGCUUUGGGUUAACUUGGGGUAGUGAAGUGGAGGCAAGAGGAAAGCAUCAGAGAACAUGAUCAGUCAGGCUGGAGGACCCUGUUAGACGUGCCCAUGUCCCACUGUGCCUGAAAAGCUGCUCCUCUUUGAUUAGAGACAGAAAUUCUUAUGGGCGUAUCUUCUGCAUUUCUAAGUACCCACCCCCAGGAAAUGGACCAGGGGUCCAACUACUAGACCAUCUUGUCUCCAAUGGUGGUCCAUGCAGGGAUCAUCUUCUCCACUCCAUUCGCUGUGAUCUCCUACUUCCUGAUAUGGUUUGUGCCAGACCUCUCGAGUGGCCAAGUGAUGUGGUAUCUUCUCUUCUACUGCAUGUUCCAGACCCUUGUGACGUGUUUCCAUGUUCCCUAUUCAGCGCUCACAAUGUUCAUCAGCAGGGAGCAGAGCGAACGGGAUUCCGCUACCGCCUAUCGUAUGACGGUGGAGGUGCUGGGCACCGUGCUGGGCACAGCCAUCCAGGGGCAGAUCGUGGGCCAGGUGGACACGCCGUGCAUUCAGGACUCCCGCCUCUUUGGCGUCACUAACUCCUCGGUGGCCAUGGAGGAGGUGAACAUUACCCGUGAUGCUGGCUCCCUCACGGACACGAGAAACGCCUACAUGAUUGCAGCGGGAGUCAUUGGUGGGAUCUACAUACUCUGUGCCAUCGUCCUGUUUCUGGGCGUGCGGGAGAAGCGAGAUGCCUCUGAGCUCCAGUCGGAUGAACCCAUCUCUUUCUUCCGGGGGCUGAAGCUGGUGAUGAAACACGGUGCCUACAUCAAGCUGAUUGCUGGCUUCCUCUUCACCUCGCUCGCCUUCAUGCUGCUGGAAGGGAACUUUGCCUUGUUUUGUACCUACACCCUGGGAUUCCGCAACGAAUUCCAGAACAUCCUCCUAGCCAUCAUGCUCUCUGCCACCUUGUCUAUCCCCCUCUGGCAAUGGUUCCUCAUGCGCUUUGGGAAGAAAACUGCUGUGUAUGUUGGGAUCUCGUCUGCCAUCCCCUUCCUCAUCAUGGUUGUCGUUCUGGACAGUAACUUGAUCGUCACCUACGUUGUGGCCAUUGCAGCUGGGAUCAGUGUCGCUGCUGCCUUCCUCUUGCCGUGGUCCAUGCUGCCAGAUGUCAUAGACGACUUCAACCUCCAGCACCCAGACUCCCGUGGCCAUGAAGCUAUUUUCUUCUCCUUUUACGUCUUCUUCACCAAGUUCGCCUCCGGGGUGUCUCUGGGGAUCUCCACACUCAGCUUAGACUUUGCAGGCUAUAAGACCCGGGGCUGCUCCCAGCCCGAGGAGGUGAAAUUCACGCUGAAGAUGCUGGUAUCAGCAGCCCCGGUGGGGCUGAUCCUGCUGGGCCUGCUCCUAUUCAAGCUGUACCCCAUCGACGAGGACAGGCGGAGGGAAAACAAGAAGGCCCUGCAGGAUUUAAGGGAGGAAAACAGCAGCGACUCGGACUCCACGGAACUCGCCAGCAUCGUGUGACCCCGGCUCACCUCCAUCUACUGUUUACACACUGGGCGUCUUCAGGGACUGGAUGGGGUCACUGCCAAGUAACCACGUUACCCAGAACUCCUGGAGAUGCUGGUGACGUGCUACGCGGGGCUUUGUGGAGCAUCUGUGGUGAAUGUUACAUGGGAUCUGCAGGCAGUGGUCUCGGGCCAUCCAUGGGAUCCAUAGAGUGCCGGUAGUGUACGUUACACGGGAUCUAUUCAGUACUGCACUAAUGUGCCUCUUAACGAACAAACACUACACCAGCCUGGCCCGCGCAGCGCUGUCUGCAGAGUACAGCAGCCUGAGCCAGGAAGCUAUUGCUCAUAACACACAGGAGACUUGUGCGUACUCUCUGCCUCUCACACACUGAUUUGCCUGGUACUGCAGGCACUGAAUAUGGCACAGAUCCUUGCAGCAUUGUCUCUGGAUCACUCGUGGACCCAUGUGGUGCUGGUAGUGUAUAUUACACUGUUAAUGUGAAUGAGAUGAAGAUUAACUCACCUGUACGAUCUGUAAAAUAAGGACACUAAUGUAGAAAGAGCUGGGUUUUUUUAUAAAGUCUAAUUAAAUAACUUAAUGAUUUGUAAAUAGAAAUUAUUUUUCCCUAUUUGUAUAUGUCUGUAUGGAAUCCAAACUGGAACUAUUAAUAUUAAUUUACAUAAAAGUGGGGAAAUGUCA